UUGUAUACGUUGGUUCUUACUCUGGCAUGACCUCUGCUAAAAUCACAUCAUCUUAUGUUAACAGUCAAUACUGAAAAUAGUUUGUGCGGACGAAAUCGAAAAUCAUAAUGGGGAAUCAUGAAAAGAGGAACUGAGAUCAACAAGAAACGCUGUCACGAGGUUGUUUGAAAUUUGUAAUCUACCAGCUCAAGGUACUGUACAUUCAGAUGUGCUCCUCUUCUUAAAAACAACCGUCUACACCUUUGUUCUUUGUUUUAAAUUCAGAGUCACUGUAGACUAUUGGAUUUUGAGAUAUUUUAUAAGCACUCACAGGAUGAGAGGAAUUGUUGCAUUUUACCUAACCUACCUGCUGUGCCUGACAUUCGGGAUCGCCUGUGUGGCAUUAGUAGCUCAUUGGAAUUAUAGCUAUCGAGGUGGAUUUGCAUGGGACGGCUCAAUUAAGCAAUUCAACUGGCACCCGGUCUUCAUGGUCACUGGAAUGCUCGUGCUUUAUGGGAAUGCGGCCGUAGUGUACCGUAUUCCUCUGACGUGGGGUCACAAUAAGCUCCCGUGGAAGCUGUUACACGCUGGGCUUCUGCUCCUUUCUUUCAUACUGUCUGUUCUUGGGCUUUGUGCGGUGUUCGACUACCAUAAUGCAAACCACACAGCCAACCUGUAUUCCCUCCAUAGCUGGGUGGGCAUUUGUACCACUGCGCUUUUUACUGCACAGUGGAUCAUAGGUUUUACUGCGUUCCUCUUGCCUUGCACUCCAAUGACGGCACGUGCUCUUGUAAAGCCAGCUCAUGUUUGGAUGGGAGCAAUCAUCUUGGUGCUAAGCAUUGUGUCCUGCAUCUCAGGGAUCAACGAAAAACUCUUUUUUGCACUAAAAGGAAACACCAAUGGGACGCUGCCUUAUUCUGCAUUACCACCAGAGGCAAUAACUGCAAAUUCAUUGGGAGUUGUCAUUGUAGCAUUUGGAUUGGUUGUUUUGAAAAUCUUAUCCAAUCAGAUAUGGCAGCGUCCUGAUGAAGCAGGCUAUGAAGUGGGAAUUUACCAGCCACUGGGUUAUGAUGGAAGCUGAUGUCCUAAAGAUGAAAUGUCUGAAAGCUAAAUCUGCAUUCUGACUAAUCUGCGCUCUUCAAUGGAAUCAAAGUCCCCUGAUGUUACAACCAUUAGUCUUCCUGUUUCUAAUUAUACAAAGCAUUGCAGUUUUCCGCAAAUCUUGUCUUUGUUAUAUGUUUGAUUUGAUUGUACUGCUGCUGCUGUUGUUGAAGCGCCUAAGGCAAAGUAUCAUAUGUGAAAUCACUGCUUGAUUGUCAGUGGUUUGUGCUUAUUUAUUAUUUGAGAAAACUUAUAAUAAUAAAUGAUUGAAAUCAUUUCAAUAAACACGCUGUUUACCUGUAAAGGAAAAUCAGAUGAA